AAUGGCUUGAAUUAUUUUUUCUUUAUCCCUAUUGUGGUUUUUGCUUCUCUGAUGAGCUAUAAAUAGUCUAGCAUGAAUAUGGAGACUCAAAACUUCAAUAAAUUUACAUUCCUCAAACUUAUGUAUAUAACUGACUCAUUUGACAAGUGUUAUUCUAUUUACAGACUAGCAAUAUUAUUUACAGAGGUAAUAUAUAAAUGUUAAACUCAAAAACUAGGAUGGCUUAAGAAUCUCUGAUUGCUUCACCACUGGCUUGUGCCCAGCAGUCAUUCCACACAUUCAAUUCAGGAACCUUCUUCCUCUGGCAAGAAAUCAGGAAAACAGCUGGAGUGUCGAGUGUGUGAAGAGAGCUUCAGUCUCGGUGGAGAUAAAGUGCCGCAUCUGCUGUUCUGUGGCCAUACAUUAUGUCACUCUUGCUUGCUGAGACUUCCAAUGACAUCUGCUAUUGACAGGGCAUCCAGCAGCUUCAACACCACAGCUGCUACUAAGAACUUUGCACUGUUGGAGGUUCUGGAGCGCAACAGCGGAGCCAGUGAACAGCAAGCAGGAGGUCGACAGCCUCUUCUUUCUCCUGACCUGUUGCAUUGCUAGACUGCAGAUAGAAGGGUAACAGACCCUCCACUGCUCCUGUUGGAUGAGAUCUUUCACUAAGCUGCUGACAGCUUGUCCAAUCUCCUCUCAACCGUUCAGCCCAAGCGAUGCAGCCCAAGUGCUGUAUCGGAACCACAAAAGAGAUGCUGACAGGUAAGGAGGAGAUGCUGACACGCCAUCAGAUGUUGGUGGAAACAAGUGCCACGUCUGAGAAAGCCGACUCAAAAGCCGCUGCCUUGGCUUGUCGCACCAGGAUGGAUGACCUAUCGAUCGCAGAGAGCGAUUUUGAGGCCGCAUUAGAUCGGAAGAGUCGUGAUUUGCAGGACAAGGCUAGCUGCAUGGGCACCGAGAUGACACAAGCUAACUUGCGGUCUUUUCGCCUCAGAACCCCUCCAAGAUCCGCCGUCGAGUUGACGUCGGACAAAGAAGAUGAUCCAGAAGCGGCUUUGGAUCGAGUUGAGCUGGAGCUCAAGUGCUUACAACUGGAGCUUCAGCGAAAUAAGCUAAUUGCCAAGGUCAGAUGCUUCAAGACCCCCAGCGAGUCAGGACCUCCCAGGGGCAGGAGAAUCACAUCUCGAUCCACUCAUUCUAGAGUAGAGGAGUGGGUUGCCGGUCAGCACGGUGUACGGAGCAGUCGUGCAAGCCAGUUUGGAGGGAGAGCAGUCAAUCUGGCUCCCUCCAUUGCUAAUGAAGAUACCCCCACAGAAGAGCCCGUGGAUGUACCCGUCAUGAACGUAGAACCGAAACGUACCGAAUCUCCCAAGUUUGGUGCUAGUAAUGCCGCUCAGGUGCCAGUCAUGGAAGUUUCGUUGAGAUCUGAGCUCAUUGCUGAAUUGAAGCAAGCCCCGAAGAAGCUGUACAAUGGGGAGCCGCAUCUUUUCGACUACUGGCUUCAUAAUUUACAACAAAGAAUAGAUGAGUUACAAUUGGGACCACGUGAAGCCAUGGAGGUGUUGGCCAAUCAUUCCACAGGCAAGCCGCACAAGCUAAUCAAGAAGUAUUCGAAGGAAGUAGACAUAGACCAGCAGAAACAACUUCAUUCUAUUCUUAACAAAUUGAGAAGAAGGUUUGGCUCGAGCAGAAAAAUCGCCAGUCACCUGUACGAUCAGCUCCUCCGAUCGCCGGAAAUACGGGGUCAAGAGUCAGAUCCAGGCGUAGCACUGAAACUCAGGCAAUUUGGUGACCUAUGCCAAACAGUGCACUUUGCUAUGGGUUCGGCGCCGGCCCUCCACCUUCUGGAUGAUUUCCUAGGAAUGCAGCCUAUAAAGAACAAAUUGCCAGAGUUUGCCUACAGUUCCUGGCGACGCGAAUGUUUGAGAUAUCAAGAGAAAUACUAG